UGUGGAUUCGUCUGCACUCACUCCUCCCUCCUUCCUCCUGCUGAACUCCAGGCCUCAGCUGCUGCUCGUCAUUUCUGCUACCAUGGCCAAGGACAUGACUCUGCUGUGGGGCUCUGGCUCUCCCCCCUGCUGGAGGGUGCAGAUCGCUCUGGAGGAGAAGAACCUGCAGGGCUACAACCAGAAGCUGCUGUCUUUUGAGAAAGGCGAGCACAAAUCCAAGGAGGUUCUGGAGAUCAACCCCAGGGGUCAGCUCCCUGCUUUCAAACAUAAGAACAUCAUCGUGAAUGAGUCCUGCGGCGCCUGCUUUUACCUGGAGAACCAGUUCAAGUCUCAGGGGAACCAGCUGAUCCCCGAGGGCGCCGCCGAGGUCGGUCUCAUGUACCAGCGCAUCUUCGAGGGGCAGACUCUCUUCCAGAAACUGGUUGAUGUCCUCCUUUACACAAGGAAAGUCCCAGAGGCAGAGAGACACGACUCGGCUGUGAAGAGAAACAGAGAGGCCCUGAAACAGGAAAUCCAGAUAUGGGAUGGAUAUCUGAAGGGAUCUGAUGGUUACUUGAGUGGAAAGUCCUUUUCUCUCGCUGAUGUGAUCGUUUACCCAGUUGUUGCUUUUUUCUUCCGACUUGGAGGAAACGAGAGCCACUACCCUAACCUGGCAGCUUACUACAACAAACUCAAGGUGAGGCCCAGCAUCAAAAAGACCUGGCCUCCAAACUGGCUGGAGGCACCUGGACAGGAGCAGCUGAAAGACCUCUAAGAAUCAAACCAUCAACCUGCUUCUGUUGUGUUUUUAUGUUUAACUACUCCCUCUCACUGUGUAAUUCUCUAGCUGCAUUUGUCACUGAAACUAGUUUUCGAGAUGUGAAAAUAAUAAAUAUAAAUUGAUUUAAAUUU